ACUCUCUUUCCCGCUGCAUUCUGUAUUCUGUCUGGGAGCUUGGUGGUGGCCAUUGACCCCGUGCUCGACUGCUACCCUGUUGUCCGACUACCCAGCAGUACCUUAGUACCUCACUAGAUGUACCCCGUAUAGAUACGCCGUCGAUUCUCAUCUAUCUAGACCGGGCGGUUGCGACUCGCCGGUCUCUCACAAUCCCUGUUCGCUCCUUUAGCUGGUCCACUUUGCUGCAGGCUUGACGUGCCAUCGAUAUUAACCGUUCGGCGAUCGGCACUUGUCUAAUUACCUACUAUUGUUACUGGCACCGUCGAGAUUCUUGAUCCAGAUAUCUAUCCACGUCGAGGGAAUUCCUCUGCCAGAGGACAAUGGUGUAUCAACAUGCGUAUCAACAUGUGCAGCGGUCCAUGAUAUCUCUCGCCCGGGCUGGUCCACGGCGCCCUCUCCGGACGAACCGCUCAGUCACCCCCUAUCUGGGACGGAGCUUCUCGCGGGGCCCGGCCCGGGCAGCCUCAGACGCUGCGGAUCAAGACUCCACGAAACAGGGGAAGAGCCGGGAGAAUGGUGAACCGGAACCCACUCUGCGGUCGACAGUGCUGAAGAUGAUGGAGACGGCCGCGACGACUUUCGCGUCCAUUGCGGUUCUCGGGCUGGCGGGAUACGCGUACCACCGGUACUACAAGUAUCUGAUUCUGGAGAAGAUGGAGAACGCCUUCAAGCCCGGAGACCCGGCGCUGGAGCUGGCGGGGGUCGAGGAUGGGAAGCAUCAGUACAAUCACGAGGAGCAUUGGGUGCCCCGUGAUGAGCAGAAGCGCAUGGAUGAUAUCAUCAAUGGCAAGAUAGGGAAAGGCCGGUAUUAUCUGCUGGUUGGGGAGAAGGGCACGGGCAAGACGUCGAUGCUUCUGGAAGCGAUGCGCAAGAUUGACGGAGAGGGCUGUGCCAUGUUCGAGGCUCACGCUGAUCUCGAGAUCUUCCGGAUCCGUCUCGGGAAGGCCCUGGACUAUGAGUACCACGAGGACUACAUCGGAAGUCUCUUCAGCAUCAAGGGUCCUCGAGAUACCACCGCGCUCUUGGAUAUCGAGCGUGCCUUCAACAAGCUGGAAAAGGUUGCUCUGACGAGGAGACGCAGUAACAAGUCCCCCUUGGUCUUGAUCGUCAACAGCGCGCACUUGAUCAGAGAUGACCACGAUGGUCAGGAUCUCCUCGAGGCCAUCCAACAACGGGCGGAGCAGUGGGCGGCCAGCGGUCUGGUGACGACAGUGCUGAACAGUGAUGAGUACUGGGUGUAUGAACGCCUGAAGAAGUACGCCACGAGGAUGGAAGUCAUUCCGAUCCGCGACCUGCCGAAAGAGCGGGCGAUGGAGGCCCUGAGGAAGUACCGCAAGCAGUACUUUAACGAGGAAUUGUCACACGAGAAGCUUGAGACGGUGUACAAUCUCGUCGGGGGGCGAUUGUCAUACUUGAACCGCGUCGCAAAGGCCCUCGACUACAUGAAGCUCUGCGAAAACAUCUGCACGGCCGAGAAGACAUGGUUCCUCAACAAGUGCUGGAUCCUGGGUCCCGAGAUGGACGACGACGUGAUGGACCAGCAGAAAUACGCGAGACAGUCUGCUGCGAUGGUGCUGGCCAAGGCACUGGUGGAACGGAAAAAGGAGAUGAAGCGUACAUAUGAUGCGGAGCUGGGCCACAUCCUCCCGGAGAUUCCUCUCCACGAGGCCCGGCAGAUAAUGACCCGCGCGGACUUCAUCCAGGACUACGACCACGAGAACAUCUUCACGAUCGACUCUCGAGCCAUGGUGCGCGCCGACUCGGUCCCCAUGCAGAACGCGUUCGAGGAGAUCUGUUCCCAGGAAGGCUUCGACGAGCAUCUGGAGGGCACGCUCACGCGCAUCAACGACAUCGAAAGCUUGGGCCGUACCCGUGAGCUGACGAUCAAGGAUCUCUGGAACCAGGGCAAGUACCAGCUGGUCAUGCAGGAUGCCUGGGGCCGGAAACGCGCUGCGGAGUUUUCUGUUGUCGAGCGUGAGGAGGACCAGGCGGACGAGGACAAGAAGGAUGACUGA